AUGGAAAAUUACCACUUAUUCCAUCCUGAACAUGAUCCCGAGUUCGAUUCCAAGCAACUGGAAGGUAUUUAUCAACGAUGGACGGCACAAGACCACAUCAGAGAUAGUUACACCGAUGGACCAACAAAGACUGUAAACAUUUUGGAGCAUGAGAGGUGGGUCGUUGCCUUGAUGAUGUCCCGAUCUCUUGCGGAAAAGAUACAAAAUGCCCUGUGCAUCGCUCACGAGUACUGGAAUUUUGCUGAGGGUGUUCCUGACAAAAUGAAAGCUCUAUUCGAGAAGGAAGCAAGAACCCAGUCUUGGGAGGACGAGCUGAACCAUUUGAUAAAGCUCACGAAGAAGAAGGUGAGAAGAGCGGGAAAGCCGACACGUGAGCAAAGAGAUGGUCUCAAAAUGCUCCUAGAAGAGCGGCUGAAGUGUCGGAAAACUAUGGAAUGGAAUGAACGGCAACGUCAGAAGCACGAAGAAGCGGUGAAACUCGGUAGAGAAAGAUGGACCAACGCUUGGUUUUCAGUACAACAAGAACUCGACCGCGUUUGGGUGGAUGACGACAAAGUCAAACGAUAUAGGCGCGGACGAUCGCAUGCGCAGGAAGCCUCAGUGCCCAGAAGCCGACAGCCUCGCAGACGCUCAAGAUCGCGUAGUCCAGAUCGUCGGGAUCACUCGCCAUCCCGCUCCCGCUCUCGAUCCUUUUCAAGGUUCGGUAACGACCGCCCGUGCAGAGAUAUUGCCGUUUCGCCAGCUCGCUCGGCUGCUUCCGGUGUGGAGUUGAAUCGUAUGGCGGGUUCCAUAUGCGAUAAUAGCGAGAUCCUUCGAGAUCCUCGAGAAAGUGUGGCAAAAACGGUGCAAUACCUUCCCAAAAUACACGGCUUUCGAAAGGGAGAUGCUCAAGUUGUCGAUUUUGCAGGUUCGCCAUCACUGAGUGUUGCAAAUUCUGUUCAGCAGUCAAAUGGCGCAUCAAAUGUCGACGAUAGACUCGCGAGUACAGCAGGGAGGGUUUUCCUGAACAUCGUACCAAUCUCACAACAGGCUCAAGAGUUCCAGGACGGUCUUCGAAGACUGGCGUUACAGUAUGACAGUGGGGAUACGCAACCUCAACAAUUUCCUGAAGCUCAUAGUUGUCACCCUAGUGGUAGCAAGCGGAAGCGAAUUGACCGAACCCCAAGGGAAAAAAAGUUACAGAAAAUGUCACCCUCGAUAGCUAGCGAUAGUCGAACGUCAACUCCCGAACAUACGGCUGUCGGGUGGGUACAGGAAGAAUCGGGUAUGCAACCCGUUGCAGGACAGACGCCGGGAUCUAGUAGACUGUCCAUUCGCGACUUUUUUAAGCCCGGCUGCGGAACUGGUGAGAGCUUAAACAUGCCAACCCUAGAUAGAUGA